CCCAGAACCUCAGAACCUUCCAGCCAGGCACAAUGGUAACAAUGGUGCCCGUCCUGCUGUCUCUGCCGCUCCUUCUGGGUCCUGUAGUCCCCCGGGAGGCCCAAGCUGGUCGUUACACCCUGACCUAUCUCUACACUGGGCUGUCCAGGCCCGGGGAAGGCUACCCCAGGUUUUGGGCCACCGGGUUCCUCAAUGACAAGGAAUUCUUCAACUAUGACAGUGAAAGCAGGAAGGCUGAGCCUGUGGGGCCGUGGAGGCACGUGGAAGGAAUGGAAGAUUGGGAUCAGGAGAGCAAACUUCAGCAGGCCAGGGAGGGCAUCUUCCUGGUGACCCUGCAAGACAUCAUGGCCUACUACAAUGACAGCAAUGGGUCUCACACCUUUCAGGGAAGGUUCGGUUGUGAGCUCCAGAAUAACGGAAGCCGUGGAGCAUUCUGGAAGUAUGGCUACGAUGGAGAGGACUUCAUUGAAUUCAACAAAGAAAUCCCAGCCUGGGUCCCCUUGGACCCGGCAGCCUGGAACACAAAGAAGAAGUGGGAGGCAGAGGAAGUCUAUGUGCAGCGGGCCAAGGCCUACCUGGAGGAGGAGUGUCCUGGGAUCCUGCAGGGGUACCUGAACCACAGCAGGCACAUCCUGGACCGGCAAGAUCCUCCCUCUGUGGCAGUCACCAGUCACACCAUCCAAGGAAAAAAGAGUACCCUGAGCUGCCAGGCCUAUGACUUCUACCCAAGAGGAAUUGAUCUGCACUGGACUCGGGACGGUGAGGUGCAGGGGUCUGAGUCAGGGGGUGACGUCCUUCCCAGCGGAGGGGGCACUUACCUGUCCUCCGUGGUGUUAGAGGUGACCCCUCAGGACAGAGUCUUUUAUUCCUGCCACGUGGAGCACAGUGCCCUGGCUCAGCCCCUCUCAGUGCCCUGGGACGGCAGGCAGGACGCAGGGGCUGGGGACAGUGGAGGGACUCAGUCCCAGUAGCCUCCCUUUCUGCCUGUCAUGAGAGAGCUUAACUUCACAAGUCACCCUCAGUGGCAUCGCCAAGGCCUGGGAGCCGUGCACGGGACAGACAGGCGGAGGAUUCGCACAGAGGAGACGGAACUCGGGGCACUGAGCUGACUCUCAUGGCCACAUCACCUCACCUUGCUAAUCACGGCCCCCGUGUCCAAUGUGUAGAACCUAAUGAACAAUAAACUUGCCCAGCAGAACACA